CAUCCUCACCAUCUCUCCACCGCGCAGCGCCGACCGCCUCUGCUCUCCAGCGGCGCCCGCGGCAGAUGGAGCAUCUCCAGGACGGCCACUACGUGCGGCUGCGGAGCCGCGUGCACGGCACGUACCUGCACGCCGAUGAGGACGGGCAUGGCGUCUCCCUCCACCACCGCCGGGAUUCCAUGAACGCGGCUUGGGCGGUGCACUUGUACCACCAGGGCAAUGCCGACGCCCUGGCCCAGCACAUGCUUCUCUACAGCGCUGCCUACGGCCGCUACCUCGUCGCCACGAACGCGCCGGCGCCGCUGGGCCACCGCGGGCGCUGCGUCGAGCAGCGCAACUACGAUGAUCAAGAGGAGGAGGCCAUCAGGUGGGAGCCCGUCGCCGUCGGGGCCGACUCCGGGAACGACGUCCUGCUCCGCAACGUCGCCGGCCGCCACCUCCGCAACGGCGCCUGGCGCUACCUCCGCGCCAACGGCAGGUACAUCCACACCGGCGCCAGCGUCGACGCCUUCGACAACUUCAGCAGGAAGAUGCACUGGGUGGUGGAGCCCAUCCCCUUCAGGGCCGCCAUGCCUCUCCUUCGACCUCCGACUAGGGUCAGGCUUCCCUUCACCCGAAGAGUCAUCACCGUGUUGCCGAUGCCGUCGCGGGUGAUCGUAUACGUGCGGGCGGGCGCCGACGGGAGCCGCAUCGCCCGCGGCGCCUUCGUGUUCGAGGGGAAGUCCGUGUUCGACCUGAGGAAAACGCUGAUCCGCCGCCUGGAGGCCACCAUGGGCGUCUCCGACGUCGCCAUGUGCGUCGAAGCCGGUACUUUCGGGCGGCCUACCCCACUCGUCGUCGACCUGCCCCGCAGCCGCCAGAACCUCCACAUCCUCGUCUUCCCCGUCCGGACGCCAGCCCACGCGGGGGUGCGGUACCCGGAUGUCGAUGCAGUGUAGAGAAAGACCAGAGCAGGACUCCUGACCGUCGCUUCACAGUUCACUUGUUCAGAGUUUCACCGUCUCAAAACUUUUUGCAGUGAGAUAGGGGUUUGGCAAAACCCGUUCUCCUGACAAUGUAGGAAACCUAUUUGCUGUUCUCAAAUUCAGAUAUUAAGUGCUUGAACAACGAUGGGGUGGCAUUAGUCUGUAGUGGUUGCAGUCUUAUUCCGGCC